UUUUGUAUGUGUCACGUGUGUAUGAAUCGUACAUCUAUUUAUGUAUUAUUAUUAUUCACUGUUAUUUUUGGUAAUACAUUUUGGUAAUAUCAUUUGUUAUUCAUAAUCUUGUGAUUAUUCAAUGCAGACAUAUAUGUAUUCAUUGAUUGUAAAUUAAAAUGGGCGAGAAGAAAUUUAAUUUUCGUUUAAUAAAACUGAUGACUUACUAACAAACAAAAAUUGCAUUGUACCAAUGAGGUUAUGGGAAAGAUUACAAAUGAAUGAAUGGAAUUUUAUUUGUUUACUCUUUAUAAUAUCAUUAUCUAUCGUUUUGGGAAAAUUAUAUAUAAAUUAUGGUAGUAUUUUAGAGCCACAAAAUAGUAUUAAAUAUGUAGCAUCAACAGCAUCUAUAUUUUCAAAUAUAUCCAAUGUAUUUGACUUAUUAUAUGUACCUGAUGUAUCAGAAUUCAAUAUAAAACAAUUAACAGUUAUAAAUGAAAAAUUUGUUAAUAAUAGUCAAUACGAUGAUGUUGUAAAUGUAAUGACAUUAUUUUUUAAAUCAUAUGGAUGGCUAAUAAGAGCAGCAAUAUGUGGUCUUAUUAUGAUGGGUUUUACUUGGUUUAUAAUUUACAAAGAUAGCAGUAUUCCUGGAAUCAAUCCACCUACUCCUUUUAGUCCUUCUAAGCAAAAAUUUGCAAAGACAUCAGGGAUACAAAUGAAUUAUUGAUUGGAAUACUUAAUGGUAUAUUAAUAUUCGUCUACAUGUGUCUUUAAUGUUUUAACAUUCUUGAACAAAAUAAUGUUAAUGUGAAAUGAUUU